CAGACACCGAGAUCGUCCUGAACUGUGCUGAGCUUCUUGGAGAAAACUCUGGUCGCUGUUAGAAGUGAGAAGCUACUCGGGAUGGUUGGCCAUAGAUUACGGAUUUUCCUGGUGCUCCUCGCGGUCGCCUUGAAUUACGUGACUUGCGACUUCCGCUCAGAAUGCCCUGCACUAGCUGGACCGGGUUGCCCUUUUAAGAACACGACAUAUCCCGACGGCUCAUACAUACAGGACCAGUGCCUUCGUCUGCGCUGCGAUUUUAACAAGUGGGUCGUAACAGGAGGCAUCGACUCAAACUGUGGGAAAUGCAGCGUGUUCCUCGACCCUCAUAUAACAACUUCUGAUGGAUACACAUUCGAGCUGAUUCAAGAUGCCUGCAAAUAUUCUCUAAUUCAAACCGGACUGACCUAUUCUCCUGAUGUCGGGAUCUCUGGCCAAUUCAAGUACUGCAAAGGCUCAGGAUCCUGCCCAGGGGAAACUGUCUUCAAGGACGGUAAUGACUCCGUGGAGAUUGGCAGAGAUGGGCUGGACGCACCCAAUAUAUUCACGGUGUACGUGGGCGAGGAGGCCUUCACGAUCCUCAACGGCAACCCGACCUACCUCCCGGGGACCUCCAUGCUGGCCUGGCGCUCCGGCAAAUCCUGCGUCCAGCUCCUGGGCGAGAGCGGGCUGUCGAUGGAAAAGUGUGAAUACCACCAGUUCAUGUGGUCCCAUCCGAAUAACGCCCCUUACUAUGGUCUCUGCGGCUUCUUCGAAGGUAAUAACAGUGUAAGCAAUGACCUGACUCUCCGAACGGGCGCCGAAGCACCUUUGGACAUGUUCAUGGUUCCUUCAUUUGGCUUCUCUUGGUUGACCAAUGACCAGAAGAAUCCUGAGUGCCCAGGUGCCCCGGCAAGUGCAAAGCAGACUCCAAGUUUAUGUCUGCAAAGUAAUGAGAAGAAGGAAGAACAUGAUGUGAAUUGUACCACUGUAAUUAAAUCAGUGAAGGUCAAAGAUGCGUCCAUAUCAGACGAACAUUUCCAAACUAUAUUAGAUGCGUGUAUCUUCGACUUGUGUUUGAUCAGCCAGUCAACAGGAGACAAUCAAAACAAUAUAUCUGCCUGGUUAAACGGGCCAAUAUCGUCCUACACUGAAAGGAUCAUUAAUUUGGAAUUGACCUCACUGGGAUGUCAAUUUGAUGGGCAGAACUACUUAGAGGGAGAUGAAAGGGAAGAAUCUUGUACCCUCUAUGGUUGUCAUCAUGGUCAAUGGUUUAACAAAAAAAAAAGAAUUCCUUCAUGCUGUUCAAGUGGGGGCAAGGAUUAUGAAAAUGGGGAGGAGGCUACCGUAGAUUGCAAAAUUAUGAUCUGCAACUGCGGCUCGUGGGAAGACAAAAUGGAAAUGGACCCAACUUGCUGUGAAUAUGAAGGCGUGAAAUUCGAGAGUGGCAUGCAAGUGACCUUCGACUGUUGGGUGCAAGAAUGUAGCAAUGGACUUUGGGAUCCUAUUUCGCGUGAUCCAGACUGCUGUGAAUAUGAGGGCGUGAAAUACAAGGAGGGCGACCAAACAACGUUCGACUGUAUGGUGCAACAAUGCAAUAAUGGGAAGUGGACCCCUGUCUCCGAUGAUCCAGACUGCUGUGAAUAUGAAGGCGUGAAAUACGAGAGUGGCAUGCAAGUGACCUUCGACUGUUGGGUGCAAGAAUGUAGCAAUGGACUUUGGGAUCCUAUUUCGCGUGAUCCAGACUGCUGUGAAUAUGAGGGCAUGAAAUACAAGGAGGGCGACCAAACAACCUUCGACUGUAUGGUGCAACAAUGCAAUAAUGGGAAGUGGACCCCUGUCUCCGAUGAUCCAGACUGUUGUAGAGAUGGCAACGGAAUAUAUCCGGAAGGGACAACGAGGAAAAUUAACUGUAUGAUUGAACAGUGUAUUAAAGGAAUAUUUGUGGAUACAGGAGAUCGUGACCCUGACUGCUGCGAACAUCACGGAACAUAUUUCCCAGAUGGUGCAAGUACAACCAUCGACUGUCAGGCAGUUAUUUGCAAUAAGGGGGUAUGGAAAGAAUCAGAGAUCACGGAUCUGACAUGCUGUGAAAUUGGCGGAAGAUUUUUCAUAGAAGGCACACAGGCGGUUGUUGAUUGUAACAUCUUCGAGUGCGUGAACGGUAAUUGGAGUGACACACACACCAUGGAUCCUAAAUGCGGCAACACGAACACAAGCGAACAUACGGAACACACAGAAGUAUGCGAUGAAACUGAAGCUUGCGUUGGUUUGGGAGGCGGACUCGUCAUCCAAGUAGAGCAACAAGUCAAUAUGCCAUAAAGCACGAGUUAGAAACGAGAUGCUGAUUUGCCGAUAGGUGUCACUCUGCAACCCUGUAUCCAGAUAGUUUGUAUUAUGAAUUGGUUUAUUCGUUUCUAGCGAACAGACGACGUGUAAAAAUGUUUUUGUUAACCUUGAACUUUGAAUCUUAAUAUUUUAGUAUGGGUAUAUGAGUAUUUGUAAAAUUGCAAAUAGAACUGCAGAGUUUGUAAGUAAUUAGCACGAGUUUAAGAUAACAACAACUUUGGUUAUAUUUCAAAUCUAAAAAAGUAUGGUUCCAGUUUCGAUGUUUUAAAAUUAUAAAAAGUAAGCUAAUCUGA